GCCGGUUCAUAUCAACCAACCAAGCUCGAUGACGAGUUCCUAAAUAUGUCUAGGGCUACCGACGACGCCGACAAGACGAUCAAGAAAGUGCUUGCGGCUACAGAUGAGGUGCUGCAGCCAAAUCCCAAGCUGGCUUUUCAUCCGGAUGGUUUCUAUCCACCCAAAGUCUCUUUCAGAUAG